AUGCACUCUGGUAAUCCCAGAAGGACGGUGACAAAGAUGAUGGAGGUGUCCGCAAGAAAGGAGCGACGCGAGCAGCGUCGACGAGCGCUCGGGGUAGACUGCGCAGACCGCCUCACAUGGAAAGAGUGGGAGCCGGGCAAGGAGUACAAGCGCAAGAUCCUCGUCAAGAACGUUGAGCGUGCCUCGCAGACGAUUCAGUUUUCACUGCCAGUGAACCGCAAGACCUUCAUUACGCCUUUUCCGGAGCCAAUCACGCUGAGCAGCGGCGUGUCACACGAGAUCGCCAUUUCCUUCCGCCCUACAGAGAUGGUGGAGCUGCAUGACGCCGUCACCAUCACGGUGGAGGGUCGCGGCUCCUUUCAGGUGCGACUGGACUGUCUUACGCCGUACGCGAAGCUGACGCUGCAGCCCAGCCACGACUUUGGCUACUGCGCCGUCGGCUCCACCGCGCACGCGCAGGUGCAGCUGCAAAACAGCGGAACUGCCCCGGUAGAGUUCAGCUGGGAGGUCUCGGGGCCGUUCUGCAUUCUGCCCAGUCACGCCGUGCUGGAUGAGGGGGAGAUAAUGCACAUCACACUUCUGUUCACGCCAACGGAGGGGUGCACAAUGGUGGCACAGGCUUUGUGCCGUCUGACCGGAACUGACGACGUAAUCGCUGCCCUGAAGAUAUCCGGCAUCGGCAAGUACCCGUAUAUUUGUUUUCAGGAGCCAAGUGCGGAGGAGAGGACGCUGGUGGUGCAGAUGGAGGCGCAACAGAACAGCGGCGGCAGCAGCGGCUGCAAGUUGAUCCACCUGUGCAACCCCUCGCCGGUACCCGUGUCGGUGCGCAUUCGGCGCGUGGACGAAAGCCUAAUGUGCGCCUUUCGCUUCGCUGUCGAGGGAAAGGUGGCGGUGGAGCAAGACGACUCGAAUGGUGAAGGCGCCUUUCUCGUGCCGCGCGGUGCUGUGCAGCCGGUCCGUAUCCACUACACUCCCGGGAGUCCCGGGGUGAUCGACUUCAACACCUUUCAGAUCGACUGCGAGCAUGGCAACUCGUUGCAAGUGGAGCUUAGUGGAACAACACUUGGCCCGCGCGUAACGGCAUCGAUCAGCAGUCUCGACUACGAGGCCGUGGACCUGGAGCACAUGCCCGCCGAGAAGCAGCGCACGCGUCACUUGACCCUGCGAAACGCGUCAACAACGGACGCCCCAUUCACGUGGAUGAACACGUUGCCGGGGGCGGCCUUUACUGUAGUACCCCACAGCGGUGUUGUUGCGGCGCAGUCAAGUCUGCAGGUGGCCAUCACUUUCCGGCCCACGCACCCCAUCCUCUAUUACCGUCGACUGUACCUGCUCAUCGAGGGUGCAAAGGAUGUGGUGGGGGUCGAUGUGCUAGGCGGUGCCUACACCAGCUCUCUGCGGCCGCCGACGUUGACCCUCGCGGACGUAGAGGCGGCGCGGCUGCGGAUGGAGCGAGGAUUGGGGCUGCUCACCCCGGAGGAACUUACGACCGUCGCCGCGGCGGCAGCUGCCGCAGAGGACGAGUUGAUAGGCAGCAGGCAAGAGAACGACCAGCGGGGAGGCCAGCGCAGCACCGUGCCUGCUUCGACACUCGAAAUUUGGCGGCGUAUCCAGGAAGACGUCUGCAGCCCCGGCGUCGUCAUGAGUGGAGCAAAACGCAAAGUGCGCGUGCCGCUGAGCAACUUGGAGACAGCCAACGGCAGCGUUUCCAUCGACACACCCUUCGGAGUCGAUGCAAAGCCUCUCUACACAUUUGGCGGUGGUGGAAAAAGCGGCAGCGACAUGCGUGGACACCUGGUGACGGUCAUGAAUACAUCCAAUGCGACCGCUGUGGCUACUUGGAGUCUGCCCGCAUCGCAAGCGUGCCCGUACGCGGUAGUGCCCACACAACAGGUUGUCCCUCCUAACGGCUCUGCCAUCUUCCAGCUCCAGUUCAACAGCGCCGUGAGCAACGAGCUGCCGGCCGCCUGCACGCUGGAGUGCUAUGUGAACUAUGAGUCCAUGUCUGCCUUCUACUUGGCGCCGGACGCGUGCGUGGUGCCGCCACAGUGCUUCACAGUGACCUGCACGAGCGCCAGCGUUUCUGUCCUCACCUCAGCGAAGCAGAAAUUGAAGCACCAGCAGCAGAGCACAUCCAACCAGAUCAGCUACACGCGUCAGGUGUGCCUGCCGGCGUGCCGCGUCGGUGGCUCCUCCUACCAAGUGAUAGCGCUCCAGAACAAGGCUGCUACGCCGGUGCGUUACGAGGUAACCGGUGUCAUGCUCAAGCAGGUCAGUGCAGUCGUCUUGCCACCGAACAUGAAACGCGUGGCACCGGAGAGAGAAGCUUUAACCGCUGCGGUAGAAGCCAGAGCACCGCAGCAAGAGGCCAGCGAGGUGGGCGAGGCUGUGUUCUCGGUGUACCCAACCGCAGGCGUUGUGCCGGCUCUGGGCCGUCAGCUGCUUGUGGUGAAAUUCAGCCCCGGAGACACGGCGCAGUACGCGGCGUCGGCCAGAAUUCUGUGGGACGCAAAUGUACUGCACUCCACCAUCUCCCCCACCUCUAGUGCCGCACUACCAACUGCCGCGGACACCACGCACCUCAACCUCUUCGGUGAAGUAUGCCUCCCGCAGCUCCAGUGGCGCCAGGUUGGCGAAGACGCGACGGUGCCACCGAGCAUGAUUACACUACCGCCAAGUUGCGUCUCGGGUGAAUCGCAGCAGCGUGCGUGGGUACGCAACCCGACGGCGCUGCCAGUGGCGUUCCGCUUCGACACGUCAGCGGAACUUCUCGGAGCGCUUCGCAUGGAGCCUGAGCAGGGUGUGGUGCCCGGCGGUGCGCGGCUCCCCAUCACACUCUUCUUCAGCCCACAGCAGCCUCGCGUGUUCCACGGCUAUCUGCAGCUGUACGUGCCCAUGCUGGUGCACGCGGGCAAGUCGGGAACCGCCGCCGCGGUGGUGCCGCGCCUUCACAACAGCCGCGGUGUCCUACCAGCGCGCACGCACACAACAGUGCUCGUGGCGGCGCAGCCUGCGCCGGGCUUGACAGAGUUCCUCGUCUAUGCCAUCGUUAGCGGCUUGUCCACCAACCUGGCCAACGUGCCGAACGUGCCAACCGCAGAGGAGGCGGAACGGCACCCCCAUUGCCGCUGGCGUCUGCGGGCUGCACACCCAGCAGUGCAGGUGGUGGACGUCGAUCUCCCCGGCGUGGCGCGGCCGCUGGCGUGGCAGCAGCUCAGCCUCAACGCCAUCAACGCGCAGCUCGCCACGGCUGCUGCGGAGCCUGAGGACAGCGACAAUAGCGCGCACGCCUCCUUCCAGCACUACGUUAGCGGAUUGGACCCGAUUUCGGUGGAUCUUGGCGUAGCGCACGAAGGGGACAGCACCGUGUGCCUCAAGGUGAGCCUCAAGAACACUGGCGACUGCCCUGCGCCGUUCGAUGUGAUGCUGCCAACGCAGCAUGAGGCUAACAGAGAGCGCUGGUGCCUGGAAAACACAGAGCUGGAAAGUUUGUACUACAUCAUUGAUCGUGGACUCGUGACGGUGAUACCGCAGCAGGGAAGCAUUGAUGUUGGGCAGACAGUUCAGCUUGAGGUGCAUUACGUGCACAGCGAGGUGGGUGUCCAUCGGCUGCCAAUGGUGCUGCGCGUUGGCCGCAGUUGGCGGCGCGUCGCCGUGGUGCUGGAAGGACGCACGUUGCCUGCUGAGGUAUGCGCGUUGAACUUCCACCACCAGAAGGUGUACGAGUUGAUGCCGGUCGCCCUCGGCGACAUGGAGCCGCCGCUGCAGUUCAUCACGGCGACAAACCCGUUUGAUGAGCCUGUCGAGUACUCGGUCGACUUGAUGGCACUGCAGGAACAAGCGCGAGAGCACUACGGCUUCCCUGUGUUUCAGUGCGUCGACCCGCGGGGCACGGUUUCGCCACGCGGCACGGUCCACAUUGGCUUCUACUUCAGGCCGCUGGAGGCGAGAGAGUACCGUGUGAGCGUCCUGCUGCAGACAGUGCAGGGAGAGGGCUACUACGUCGAUCUGGUUGCCAGCGGCUACCACCCACGCAAGGUGACGGCGACGUCGGUGAUGCAGUGGAUCGACCAUGCGCUGAUGCAAGUUCCUGCCGUCCCGCCCACCCUCGCCGCGCGCGCGCACGCUGCGUUCUUGUCCGACGACGUCUGCAGGCUCGGCGCCGUCCCAUACUUUACACUGUGCAGGCGCACCUGCACAUUGCAGCUCGCCGCCGGCUGCCCGACUGCCAUGCGCUACACCUGGCACCUCGAUCGCCCGCAGCGGGGUGACGCACAGGUCGUCGUGCGCCCCUCCGAAGGCGUUGUGGAACCCGGCAAGCAGCAGACGUUGAAGAUACUCUUCUACGCAGGCAGCACUAGCCAAGUUCUGGAGCGACUUAUGACGUGCGCUGUCGUGCCUUGCGCCGCGGCGAGCGACGGGGAAGAAAAGCAGCAUGGUGGCAGUGGAAGUCGCCAUGGCCGCCGUACUAGAGCAACGCCGCUCCCUAGCCUCAACUCCUCGAGUGACGGCGGCAGCAGUGCCACAUUCCUCAGCCUCCUUCUGCAAGCGCGAGUGAUGCCGCGGGACGACUAUGAGGCCCUCUACGGAUCAGAGAAGCUGAAUACCACCUACACGCCGCUCCUCUACAAUAGCCACGUUGAUCCGGUGUCCUCCACACUGUCACCAGUCGCCUCCCAGACCACCACAAGUUCCGCCACGGCGACAGAGGUGUGCUUCGUGAAAGGGGUGAUGGACGAGCUGAUCCGCUCCCUGGUCGCCGCGCCCGCCGUUCAGAGCUCCUUCACAGCCUUGUGCGCCCCUCGCCACGUGACGUACGCCAAUAUGCGAGUCCUGCAUGCCGCGAAGGUCACCAACACAGAAGCCGUGCCCGCCGCAGCAGCGGCAACGCUGAGUCGAGGAAACGCCAGCUCUGCCGUGGCAACGGAGGAGGUACUGGAGGAGCUUCUCUGCAGCGCGCUUGCUGAGGCAGUCGCUGCCGUUUAA